GGUUAUAAGAUGGAGUCAAACAAUACAAAAGCUAAUCGGCUGCUAAUAUUGGUUCUUGCAUUUUACAUCACAUCUACAGAAGCUUUUCAUGAUGAGGCUCUGAGGAUCCUGAUUGUGGGAAUCAGAGGUCAGUCCAGAUUCAGCGCUGCAGAUCUUCUGUCAGGAAGGGAAGACGGUGGACAGGAGGACAGAAAGAUUGUAAAGACUCCAGUAUUUACAGACGAGGGUCGUAGAAUGAUGCUGGUCACUGGACCAAACCUCUGUGAGGAGGACACAGUGAGACAGGCCUUCACUAUGCUGUAUCUCUCGUCUCCUGGACCUCACGCCGUUUUAAUGGUCCUGAAUCUGGAAGAUCAACAAUCACAACAGUGUGAUAUUGUGAAACGAGCCCAGGAGCUGCUGGGAGCAGAAGUCCUGCAGUACUGCAUUGUUCUUCUGCUCAAAAAUAACCAGGAACAUCUCACAGAAGCAUCCAGAGAAAUGAUCAACGCGUGUGAAGGAAGAUUUUACAUCAUAAAAGACUCUGAACCAAAACCUGCUCAAACUGCAGCUCUCGCAGCAGAAAUAGACAAGAUAGUUUCGCUUAAUGGUGACAGAUUUUACUCAGUGUUGAAGGAAACUCAACAGUUAGAACCUGAAAGUAACCUCUCAUCUGUAAUAUAUACUAGUUUAGGGGAAGCCGUUGGAAUUGUGGGAUGGAUUUCACUUUCUGCUCUUGUUAUUUACAGUAAACUGAGGCACACAUAUGUAAAUUCUGUGGUAAAAUUUGCUGCACUUGUAUUGUUUAUGAUCAAUUUAAGAAAUGUUCUUCAACCAGUUAUUUCUAUACCUCUAAAUUUAGCCUUGGUAUCAUCACUAGCAACCAUACUUCAAAAAGAACCUCGAGAGAUCAAAGAAACAUUUACCUGGAGUCAAGACACCAGGUACAUCAUAGGGGAUAUUAUAGCAUUUUUUGUCAUGGUGCUAGUACACGAUUUCAUAAAAAUGAUGCAUCUACCAUUUGUGCUAGGUGCAGCUUUGGUCUUAGGGACAAUCGUCAGCAUCAGGACGUGGUCAGAUGUGCUCAUAGCAUGUUAUGCAGCUUCUGGAGUCUCCAUUGGGGGUUUUGCAUUUGUGUUUUACGAAGAAAAUAUUAGUCGUGAAUCUUCUGUCUUUGCACUUGAGGCAUUUCUGUGUUAUUCUGUUGGUGAGACACUCUCGGUGGGGUUUGUGAAUGUGUUAUUUGCUCAGCUUGGUGUGAAGAUGACAAUAAGUGUACUAAUAUUAGGAUUUACAACAGUGUGUUUGCAUUUAAAUGAUGAACAUCUACAGAAUGUAAUAUGUUCAAUUUUUAUUACAGUGGUUUUUCCAUGUCUUUGUGUGUUCAUUGGUUCAGUCUUUCCCAUUUUAGGCUUAGUGAUGAGUUUCUAAGGUAAUUAUACAAAACUUGCUCAGU